AUGAUAUCAGCAAUCUCAUGGGUGCCAAAAGGUGCCGCAAAGCCACAACCAAUAUUCGCCGACCCUCCUUCGAAAGAGGCGAUUGACAAUAUUAAGGCUAAGGCUGGACUUCUUGACACUCAGGAAGGUGAUGAAAAUGACAAUGAUAAUGCUGAUUUUAGUGAAAAUGACGUUGGAAACGCUGAUGUCGAUGAAGAGGAAAUGGAUCUUGAUGCAUCAAAACCCCGUGACGAAAUUGAUGAAAUUGCUCAAGCACUUGCCGCGGCAGAUGCACUAGGCAGUGGCAUCAUAAAGGGCAUGGAGGAAUUGGACAUGGAUAAUUAUGACAAUGAAGAUGAUGGGGUUGAGCUGUUUGGUGAGGGGAUUCGGAGCUUAUACUACCCUGAUAAUAAGAUGGAUCCCUAUCUGCAAGGAAAUGAUGAGGAUUCUGAAGAGGAGGAAGAUAUGACUAUAAACCCUGAAGAUGCUCUCAUAGUCUGUGCUCGUAAUGAGGAUGAUGUCAGCCAUCUGGAGGUUUGGAUAGUGGAAGGAUCGGAAGGAGCUGAUUCAAACUCCUAUGUGCAUCACGAUAUAAUAAUACCUGCAUUUCCCUUAUGCUUGGCAUGGAUGGAUUGCCCCCUCAAUGGAGGAGAGAAAGGUAACUUCAUCGCUGUAGGUUCAAUGGAACCGACAAUUGAGAUAUGGGACCUUGAUAUUAUGGAUGAAGUUCAACCAUCAGCUGUGUUAGGUGGGAUCAUUGAGAAGAAGAAGAAAAAGAAAGGGGGAAAGAAGAAAAAAUCUGUCAUAUUCAAGGAAGGUAGUCACACUGAUUCAGUUCUGGGACUUGCUUGGAACAAAGAAUACAGGAAUGUGCUUGCAAGUGCGAGUGCGGACAAGUUGGUUAAGGUUUGGGAUGUGGUAACUGGGAACUGCAGCUACACUUUGGAUCAUCAUACAGAUAAGGUUCAAGCAGUUGCAUGGAAUCCUUUUGCCCCACAAGUUCUUCUUAGUGGCUCUUUUGAUCACUCUGUUAUUAUGAAGGAUGCUAGGUCACCUUCACAUGCUGGAUUUAAAUGGUCAGUGGCUGCUGAUGUUGAAAGUUUGGCAUGGGAUCCGCAUGCGGAGCAUUCAUUUGCGGUUUCUCUUGAGAAUGGUAUGGUCACUUGUUUUGACAUCCGCACCUCUAGUUCAAAUAGAUCUUCUGACCCAAAGCCAAGUUUCACACUACAUGCUCACGAUAAAGCAGUCAGCUCUAUUUCAUACAAUCAACUGGUUCCCAAUCUUCUUGCGACGGGUUCCAUGGAUAAAACAGUAAAACUCUGGGAUUUGUCCAAUAAUCAACCAUCAUGUGUAUCCUCAAAAAAUCUCAAAGCAGGGGCUGUGUUCUCGGUUUCAUUUUCAGAUGAUUGUCCCUUUCUGCUGGCUGUUGGUGGAUCUAAAGGGAAGUUGGAAGUGAGUGGCAAAUUCCUGUCUUGGCAUUCUUCUUUGCACAAACACGUUUCAUAUUCCUUUUUGGGUGAUUCAAUAAUGAUCUGAUAUGUGCAUGACCUUUGCAGUUAUGGAAAACACUAUCUGAGGAUGCUGUCUUGACAAGGUAUGGGAAGUUUGCAAAUCAGAAACCUCGAGAGACAUGACAUACGACCGUGAAAUUACUAUGAAAGGCACAUCAAAGCUGUUUUGUUCGUAGGCUCUUUCUGGUUGAUUUAUCUAUGAUUUCAAAUUCUAUGUGCUCCGGAAAAGGCCUGUAACCUGAUAUUGAGACUGUUUCAACCCAUAUUCAGAUGGAGAAAACAAGAAUUGGACCUGUCAUCCGGUGAAAUCCGUGUAUAGAAUGCAGCUAUGCUUCAUCUUUAUAUAUGCAUAGCCGCUUUAGGAUAAGGAGGUUGGAGAAAAAAUUUUGAGGCGCUUUAUCGUAUUUACAUUUUAGGAUCAGAAGGGGAGGGUCAAUUUUAGGGAAGUCGUUUCUUAGUACGAUGCACCAUUUCCUUUGUAGAGAUGGUUUAAGUUUAAAUAGUUGCAGGUUUUGUGAAGUUUGAUAAAAAUGACAGACGGGAUUCCUUUUGUAGCAUUACCACUGCUCUUUUACUGCUUUCAGUAUCAUAAUUCAUAAUGAGAUUGUUGGUUUUGAAUUGCAGCAAAGAUCUCAACGUUAGUGGCCGGAAAGUUUAGGAUUUCACCGUAAUUUAUGUUAUCGG